AUGCGGUCCGGCCAAGACAAGUCCAAGAGCAUCCAAGACCAGCUCUACCCCAAUGAACAGGGAUGGUAUACCGAUCUCAGACCAGCAAACACACAAACCACCCUUGUAGAUGCAACCUUUGCCGCUCCAAGCCCUUCCAAGACGACCAGCUCACGCCCAGAGCGCCCUUUCACGAGGGAAGAAGUCAAGAGGACGCUCCCAAGGUUUGCACUGCCUCCCCCGGAGAUUUGCCAAGCUCUUCCUGUCGUGUAUAUCCAGAGCUUCCUUGCGGGGCACAGCAUCAAGACAAUGAACGCACUUGGCGGGUUCUCGGCGGGCGGACGAUGGCCGAAGCUGUUGGACCAGGAAAGAGUGGUAUUGGAGAAAAUGGACGCGAAGCGUAACCGCUAUGGGUUAGAGAUGGGCGCGAAGCGUAACCGCUAUGGGUUAGAGAUGGGCGCGAAGCGUAACCGCUAUGGGUUAGAGAUGGGCGCGAAGCGUAACCGCUAUGGGUUAGAGAUGGGCGCGAAGCAUAACCGCUAG